AUGUGGAGCAACAUUCAACAAAUAUACGAGGUGCAUGAACAAGUUCACGGUCUUCCUAGGAUGCUUGGUAGCAUCGAUUGCAUGCAUUGGGCAUGGGGAAACUGUCCAGCGGCUUGGCGAGGUCAACAUGAGCGAGGCCGUCAUCCUGGCCCAAGCAUUAUGCUUGAAGCCGUGGCAUCGUAUGAUCUUUGGAUUUGGCAUGCUUUCUUUGGUACAACCGGAUCUAACAACGACAUUAACGUUUUUCAUGUGUCACUGAUAUUCAACGAUGUUGUUGAUGGAGUUGCACUUGGGCAAGUCUUCUAUGUGAAAGAUCAAGAGUACACGUAUGGAUACUAUUUGUCCGGUGGUAUUUAUCCAGAGCGGGGUACUAUUGUCCAGGCUUUUUCAUACCCACACGACGACAAAAGAAAACUUUUCACAAAAAGAGAGUCUGUAAGAAAAGACAUCGAACGUGCAUUUGGGGUUCAAAAGAAGCGUUGGGCGAUCAUUUUCAAUCCGGCACGUAUGUGUGCAAAAGAAAAACUAAGAGAUGUCAUGUAUGCGUGUUUGAUUCUACAUAAUAUGAUUUUGGAGGAUGAAGGUAAGGCGAUAUGCCAAAACUAUGAAGGUGACGUUCCACGACUUCCUUGUACGAUAAGCAACGAGCAGAAGCUUCGAAUCGUGCGGAAAUUCGUUCUGAUUGCCUUCAUGACGCCUUUCGUGCAGAUUUGGUGGAACAUGUUUGGUGUUAUAAUUCUCAUGAGUUGGGCUCAGACUCAGAGAAGGAGUCGGCUUAGUUAUCUUUAUUUUUAUUUGUAUUUGCUGAUCUUUUCGUUUUAA